GAGGUGUGCACAAUAUAGCAAUUGGCACAUCGUUGGCAAAAAUGUCGUGGUGUCAACACAAUUUCAUGUGAGUCGUCAAUCAGUUAAGAACGAAGUCACGAAGGCAACGAAACCGUAAACACAAUUAUCAUUUGAUACGAAAAAGGAUAAAAUCAGUCAAUAUGGUAAAACGCGUCGAGUCACCGAAGACGAAAAGGAAGGGUGUUCGCGUCAAAAGUAUAAAAAAACUACCUUUGGUUACAUCGAACUUGUUGAUGGCUGAUGUAAACAAUGACUGUUUAAUGAGUGUAUUCGACUAUUUAGACAUCAUCAGUCUGAUGUCAGUGUGCAAAACCGGUGAACGAUACAAAAAUCUCAUCACAGACCAUGUGAUUCCAUUGAAAACCAUACGAUUUGGUGAACUAUCACCAACUAUUUCGAUUCAAAAGGUGUUCAAAUUGUUUGGCAAAUCGAUGACUCGAAUCGAGUUCGCGGCAAAUGACAUUCAAUGGGUACGUCCCGGCUGUUCACCGCUGGCUGAAUUCUUGCACUUGAUCAAGGAAUAUUGUACGCCUGGAAAAUUACAACAAUUGAGCUUGGCCGGUUUUCAUAAUUGCAUUAUGUUCGUUGAACCAGCACUUUUAGACGCCGUACGACCGUUUUUUACCGAACUGCAAACAUUUCAAAUUUCUCAAUCGACUUGGCCACACGGCCCACAAUAUUUCGACGAUUUCAUGAAAUGGAUUCCAAAGCAAAAUCUCCGCGAAUUAAAUUUACACUGUAUGCAUAUCGUUGGCGAUUGGCUUUCUAAGGAAAACUUUCCCAAUUUGCAAAAUUUGCACAUAUGUAUGUUUCAAACCAACUGGUUUACGGCACACCCAUGGUUCACCGAAUCGAUCAAUCAUUUGAAGACAUACCUCGCUAGCAAACCGAUCGCUUUGACAAAUUUCGAAUACCUUGGUCACAAUCGUGAGACGGUUAUGGUUGAAUUGUCACGCUAUGUACCGAUGGUUCAGCGUAUUGGUGUGGUGGAAAAUACAAUGGUUGACAACAACAACAACAACUGGAACACGGUAGGCAUUCGGGAAAAAUGGAAGCACCUGAAUGCAUUCACCAACUUGAAGGAAUUUCGCUUGAAAUCAAGUGCGCCGAACUUCAACAAUUGCGGUGAAAUAUUUCGCAUUUUGGCCAAAUCGAAUACAAUCAAACACUUGGAAUUGUCGACUGGUGGCCCGAAACAGAGUAUAAUCGAUCCGAUCGAUGUUACGCAAUUGCGCCAGCUCAAAAAUGUGAAUUCACUUAGACUAGUGGAUUAUGAUGAAGCCAACUCACAGUUGAUGGAUCAAAUGGCUGAGCAUCUCACUGGAUUGAAGGAGUGCACUUUUGACGUUGGUCCGAAAAAAAACAAGAUCCGAUCAAGUUCGAUGAAACAAGCUCCGAUCGUCUCUUUGACUAAAAAGGCUCGAAACUUACGCUGUUUGAAUAUCGACUGUAAGGUAACGUCAUUUUCGGCAGCAUUCUAUAAGAGAUUGGUGAAAAUUCGAAAGGAAAUCAAUCCGGAUGAGCCGUUGACUAUUUGUAUCGAUGGAGGAAUUGUCGAAAAAUGUUUUGAAGACCUGUCGAUGCGAACGUACAAGCCAGCCAUCAUCACACUCAAAUCAAAGGCCAAAACUGAUCAGUCGCCAUAAUCCUUUCAAUUGUAUUGAUUUCAUCAUUGAUCAAAUUGUAUAUUUUGGUUUUGUUAUUUUGAUUCGAUGUCGCAAGAUUACCUAACCAUAUAAAACAAUCAUUUAUGUUCUGUACGUUUACAAAUGAAUUCAUUUUGUUCACAUGUUAUUGUUAUCCAAUUGUUUAGAACAAAUUUCAUGUUUUUUCUUUUUUCUUUUUAUAUAUUUAUUUUCGUCAUUAAAUUGUAGAUCAAUCAAAAAUCAAAAUUUGUUUCUAAGAAACGAUCUCAUGAGAUAUUUUUUUCUAAAAAUUGAUCAAAAUCGUCAUAGAAAAUGGGUGGAACCACCGAGGGAAAAAAAAAAUUCGAAAAUAUUGAAACAUACAGGAAACAUAAAUAUAUAGGAAACGACUUUUGAAUAUUUAUAUAUUGAUAUUAAAAAUAUUAAACGAUCCAAAUUGAAAAAUGUACCUCUGCCUCAUUGUAAAUGAGAUUUAAUAAAAGCGAAAACUUGAAGACAAAAAUAUUGU